CGUUCUCCGCAUGCGGGUUGCAAUCCUCGCGGCAUCCUUGGUAAUCCCCAAACGCCAGGGACAGUAGCGACCUUGCGGCCGUCUCCCCAAACCAGAUCGGCGUCGGGUCUUUGCCCCUUUUCACGAGCCCACCAGCGCAUUCUCGCAGCCGGAGAGAGGAGGCGGCGGCGGCGGCGGAUCGAGGAGAGGGAGCGGAGAAGAUGGGGGGCGGCAUGGAGGUGCACAAGAACAAGUGGAUCGAGGAGUGGAACGCAGGCCGCGAGAACCUCGAGUUCAACUUCCGCUGGACCCGCCGCAGCCUCGCCGUCGUCGGCCUCUUCGGACUCGCCGUCCCCAUCCUCGUCUACAAGGGCAUCGUCCGCGAAUUCCAUAUGCAGGACGAGGACGCCGGCCGGCCGUACAGGAAGUUUCUGUGAGUGCUGCCUCCGGUGGAUGCCUCGAGACUGCGACCGGGAGAAGGACUCUCCGUUCGGUUUGUUCUCCAUACUGUUUUAAUUGGACAGGGAGUAUUUUGGAGUGCUCAGACUGUUGCGUGGGAUCUGUUUGUUGAAUAAGCUGUCAUGACUUGUUGUCUUUUCAAUUGCUGAAAUCUUGGAGAUUUUAUUCGGUUAAUUCGGCUGAAUAACAGUGUUGCAAUGUUGUUUGUGCGUUCUUCAGGUACUAAUUAGAACCGUAGUUUGCUUGUCUCAUUUAUUAAAA